GCAAACACUUACACGAUAAGAGCUUCGUUGAGACGGACAAGGCAAUACGGUGAAACGCGUACGAUCUUCCAGGCAAAUCUGUAUUCCAGCCCUAGGCGCUAUUUGCUGAUACCGAUCACGAUGGCCCCAGAUUGAUUAGAUAGAAACUAUUUAAAACAGUUUCAUCCCGAUACUGACCGCCGCUACUUUUUAGCCAUUACCAAUUCCUUUCGGACGCUCUUCAGUCGAAAGGGAAUGCUGGCCAUGCGUGGGGGCUUUGCAUGUUACCGCUGUGUUCAUAAAUCACUUAUGCUACGAAGGACUAGUGAGGUCGUACUUCUUGGCCUGAAGGCGGUUAUACCAGUGAAUUAUUGUCGAACCAAAUAAGUAUCACCUGACUAUGCUAGCGGGAGCAAGGGUAAGGCUACUCCACCUAACCCUCAGCACCAUAUGUAGUACUGAGCGUGCGGGCAAUCAUUAGGGAAAGUAUCUUGGUACUGCCAUCGCCAACCGGUUUCUUAUCUAAUCAUGACGCCCAUUACUUAUGAGAAUCGUCUAUACUGGCGCAUUGUUAGCAAACCUACUAGACACGAUCUUAGCGUUCGUGGUUCAUUGGAUCGAAUGUCCUGUAACAUGGCAAGCUGAAAAGCUUUCAUUUGGUUGUGUUUUCUAAACAUCAAACAUAAAUUAGCUCAUUUUGUGAUCGUAUAACUACAGCAGCCAAGUGCAGCGAUUGAUCGAUCACGGCUGCACCUCGAUCCAAUUAAGCAGGCAUUUUUUUGGCGUUUAAUUUUUGCUAUGAAAAAGGCGAAAACAAAGUACUUGAAACACAGUGAGAGCGAUACACGGAGGCGGCAAAUAUUCAGAUUAAUGGAAUAUAAAACAUACAUUCGUACCGACAACGCAUUACCUGCCUAACUACGACUUAUACUAUUACCGGAAAAUUAGUGCAUCAAUUAUCAAGUAUUAGCGAUAAACAGAGUGGAGGCGGAGUUUUGGAAGUAGAGCAAAAGAAGAAAAACAAAUAUCAUAAAUCAUCCUAACCACACAAACACACCACACCAAGAGCUUCUCUGAGCGAUAGCUUUCGCUCGACCCGAGUAGAAUGUUAAGAGCACUACUUCUUCCCCGAAAAAUCAUAUCAUAAUCGCAAUCGGCUUUAACAAAAGAAAUCGUGUAACAUUCAAGCUCGUAUCCAGCUUCUCAUUCGCGGUGCAGACCAGCGCGUUUUGAAGACUCGUUACUGUGCGAUGAUCCUUUGCUCCUUUGCGGGUUAAAACCAUAAAUCGUCCUCGCAUUUGCUCAAGAAGAAGGGAAAGGAAAGAACAUGGUUGAAAAUUAAGAAAGGAAUAUAUUCGUACGGCUGUAGUCAAUUAUGGAUUGUUGGGAUGCAUAGCGGAGAAGCCUAUUGAUCGAUAUUUUCCGCUUCGUUGUUGUUUUCCCCAAACCAUAUCAUACCCACGAUAAAACAGCUCGCUCGAGUACAGAAUCGUGUCAAUCGAAAAUCGUCUCGAAGAAAGGCAGUGCCGAAGUUGAUAGCAAUGUGUGUAAGCUAGCAAGCUGACUGGAGGGGGGAGAUAAAUUACUCAAUGAACGUAAUCCAUACCUUUAUCGCAGCCAUAUUACGACUUUUGAACUAAUCGCAAAGUUUAGACAUAAAAAUUAACCCCAAACAGUAAAAUCGUGUAGCAAUUAUCGAAAUCCGUAGCUCGGUACACACUUACUCGGUACAGCAACUCACGCAUCAAGCAAUAGUCCAGCACAGACCGACCGUUACACUAGCCCAUAAACACACCUAACCAACAAUCCACCAAAAAACACCAUCAGCAUAGAGAGGAUGGUCACAAGUUAGUGCCACCGGUCGCAUACAAUUAUUUGCUCAGUCAAUUUGUCGAAAAAAGAAAAACGAUGGUGAUGAUCGGUCUAUUCGGUUGUUAAUCGCAGGGGGUUGUUUGAGGUGGGAUGAAGAGCUGGAUCGACGACAAACGCAGUAUUCUAAAUUGUCAAUAGGGUGCAAGAGUCAAGCAGGGGGGCGUGAUACCGGACAUCACACCAGAUGGGCUCUGACCGCAGAAUUCUUGUGAUAAUUCGAUGUGUUCCGGUUCGCUUCGUUCCGUUCAGUAUCACUCACAGUACAGUUUGGGUAGCUUUUGGGAAGCGAUGCCAUAAUGUAAGAAUCGCUGCAAAUGGAACCGCUAUCAAACUUUCUUUUUCUCCGUAAAUUCUAUACUUGAUCAAAGAUACCUGAUUUGAUUUGAUGGAAUGCAGUCGAGUAGAAAAGAAAAGUAACCAGUGGAGUGCAGCACUAAAGGCGAGGCAAAGCGAGGUGAGGCCAGCUCAAUAUUUUAAAUCCUUCCGUACAAAACUCGAUCACUAAAAAACACGAUGCUAAUGAAGACACUUGUUCUUUUACCGGCAAGCCAACAACUAGUAGUACAAUUUUAGCAAACGUAGAGGAAAGCACGCUUUCACGCAAAAGAAAAGGACGCGAACCGUGUGUGUUUUUUCGUUUGGUAUUUACCACAG